AUGUCUGCCUGGGAAACUGGAGACAUGGCUGCUGCCUUGCCCGACACAACAGAAACACCUGAUGCUGUCGCGGUAGAGCGCAAGAAUCCUCAAGAAGCUGGCUGGGUUGUUGCCAAGAAGUAUGACUACGAAACUUACAACAAGUCCACCAAGGAACAAGCAGAAGCCCGUGCUGCCGUUGCAGAUGGUGCCGAGGGCGAUUCUGAGCCAGCAGCUGAUGCAGCUGAAGAUGCAGAGCCAGAGACACUUGCCGUCGGCGGUCUUCGUCCUGGAGAAUGGGCCUCAAGUGGUGCUAUAUAUGAGUGGAACGAAGAAUAUGGUGAUGUUGGUCCUAGAUUCCCCGAUCUGGAGGAUCAAUUGUUCGGCAAGAACAACAACCAUGUUCGUCAGGGUCUCAACUUUGAGAGCAUUACCACCCUUACGGUUACCCAAGAGGGAACUAUCAAGAUCGAUCCCAUUCGCAGAUUUGAGGAUGCAGGUCUUCACCCAGUUAUGUUGGAAAACAUCAAAUUGGCUGGUUAUCAUGUUCCAACCCCGAUCCAACAGUACUGCCUCCCGGCAGUCAAGAAAGAUCAUGACGUAGUUGCUUGCGCCCAAACUGGUUCCGGCAAGACUGCGGCUUUCUUGAUUCCAAUCUUGUCAAAGUUGAUGGGUAAGGCCAAGAAGCUUGCUGCCCCUCGUCCAAACCCAGCCACCUAUGUGCCAGAUCGUGACAACUUUGUCAAAGCUGAGCCAUUGGUCGUCGUUGUCUGUCCCAGUCGUGAGCUAGCAACUCAGAUUUUUGAUGAGGCUCGUCGCUUCUGCUAUCGUAGUAUGCUUCGACCUUGCGUCGUUUAUGGUGGUGGUCCUCUUGUCGAGCAACUCGGUCAACUUGCCAAGGGCUGUGACCUUCUGAUCGGUACCCCUGGUCGUCUUUGCGAUAUGGUCCGCCGUCCCCAUGCUCUUACUCUCAAGCGCCUUAAGUACAUGGUUAUUGAUGAAGCAGAUGAGAUGUUAGACUCUAGCUGGGAGGAGGAGUUGAAGCAGAUUAUGAGCGGUGGUGACCAGGAAGAGGGAAACAUCAAUUACAUGAUGUUUUCUGCCACUUUCCCAAAGAUGGCUCGUGCCAUUGCCAAGGAACAUCUGGCUCACGAUCAUGUUCGCAUUCGUGUUGGUCGUGCUGGUAGUUCUCACACCAAUAUCAAGCAAGACAUCAUCUAUGUCGAUGCUGCCAGCAAGCGUCAAGCUCUUUACGAUUUGCUUCUAUCAACCCCACCUGCUCGUACCAUCAUCUUUGUCAACACCAAGCGUGCUGCUGACGAAAUCGAUGACUUCUUGUUCAACAACGACCUUCCUUGCACAUCUAUUCACAGCGAUCGUACUCAGCGUGAGCGUGAAGACUCUAUUCGUGCUUUCCGCAAUGGAAAGAUGCCUAUCUUGAUCGCUACUGGCGUUUCUGCCCGCGGUCUCGACGUACAUAACGUGAUGCAUGUUAUCAACUUUGAUUUGCCAUCCAAUGAUCAUGGCGGCAUUGAAGAGUAUACUCAUCGAAUUGGUCGUACCGGUCGUAUUGGUAAUAUGGGUCUUGCAAGCUCGUUCUAUAAUGAUCGCAAUGAUGAUAUUGCUGAAGCUUUGGUCAAGACAUUGUUGGAAACUCGCCAACCAGUUCCUGACUUCCUUGAGGCUUAUCUUCCUGAAGGUUUUACCAUGGAUGGCCAAACCGGUGAUCUCGCAACUCUCAAUUUUGAUGAUGAUUCAGAUGAUGAAGAGGAAGGUGGCGAGAAUGCUGAGGGUGGUGUUGAAGGUGGUGGUGCCUGGGGAACAGACGAUGCUGCUACUGGUGGUGGUUGGGGUGCCGCUGAAACCACUGAAGCUGCUCCAGCUGAUGAUGCUUGGGAGCUCCAGCUUCCGGCGGUAACGGAUGGAAUUAAGACAUUCUCACAAGUCGUGAUAGGUUUUGAUUUCGACAUCUAUUCCACACGUUUAUGUUAUUGA